CUCACUCCACUUCCGGCAGGUCUUACUUCCGCCUCCGGUCCGACGCAGGCGUCUUUUCUGAGGGUCACAUUGAGCUGGGAGCGGUUUAAGGGGAGUCUUUAGGAGUCACCACCAUGGCAGAAGACAUCAAGAUCAAAAUCAAGAACUACCGGACUGCCCCUUUCGACAGCCGCUUCCCCAACCAGAAUCAAACCAGGAACUGCUGGCAGAACUACCUGGACUUCCACCGCUGUGAGAAGGCAAUGACCACCAAAGGGGGUGACGUCUCUGUGUGUGAAUGGUAUCGGCGUGUGUACAAGUCCCUCUGCCCUAUGUCCUGGGUGUCGGCCUGGGAUGACCGCAGGGCAGAAGGCACGUUUCCUGGGAAGAUCUGAACUGGCUCACCCCACCUCUGCUGGGAUCCUGAAUCAUGACUUAACUAAUAAUAAAAUCUCAUUGGAAAAGUG